AUGGUAGAAAUCGAUGCAGUGCUACUCGAUGUGGAUGACACGCUUUAUCCUGUCACCUCUGGCUUUUCUGACCAUCGAAAUGGAGAGGUGAUAUGCAAGUUCAUGGUAGAACAUUUGAGCUUUGAAUCGGCUGAGUCUGCAAAGAUCCUCCGUGAUGAAUACUUUCAGCGCUAUCACUCAACGAUGAAAGGCUUAACAAUUGCGACUGAGGAGGGCCGCUUGCCAAAGCCCUUCAAGCAGGAAGAGUUGGGGCAAUACUGGGCGGACCACUGCGACUUUGCAAAGUUCAUUCGCGCAGAUCCCCGCCAGAUAGAGGUGAUUCGAAGCCUUGCACAGGAUGUGGGGCUCAAGAUGGCCGUUUUCACGAAUUCCCCAAGAAAGUAUGCGCUCAGAUGCCUGGAAGUGUUGGGUGUCAGAGAGUUCUUCCCAGACGACCAUGUUUUUGCUGUUGAGGAUGUGCUUCCUGCGUGUAAGCCGCAACCGGAGGCCUUCAAAGCCGUUUUGGAUGCCAUUGGCGCAGUUCCAGAGAGAACGGUGAUGUUUGAGGACUCUAUGAAGAAUAUCCGCGCGUGCAAGGCAAAUCAAAAAGCGUGGAGGCGUCGAAGCCGCGAAGCCGCCAAGCGUCGAGGCGCAAAGCCGCGAUGGCCAUGA